AUGGCCGCACGAAUAGUCCCUAUAAUUUCGUUAAAGAACUUUGAGAAGCGAAAAGACGAAAUCACCGAGCAAUUAAUAGCAGCAGCGGAGAAUGCCGGAUUCUUCAUACUGAUGGAUCAUGGAAUAACCAUCGAAGAGAUUGAAUGCCAGUUCUCUAUAUCCAAGAAGUUCUUCGAUCUUCCUGCUGAAACCAAAGGCAAGACACCUCAUGAUACCAAAACCAAUAACGGCUGGGAGUAUAAGGCCCAACACCGUCCGAGCACUGGGACGUACGAUCAGAAGGAGUCUCUUUGGCUGCAGCGCAAUUCCCAAUGGCCGAGCGAUGAUGACGUGCCUGGUUUUAGCGAAACAACAAAGGAAUUUAUGAAGAAGUGCGAAGGCGUUUCCGAUCAAGUUUUAUCCUGCUUUGCAGUUGCUCUCGGCUUUCCAGAAGACUAUUUCAGAAUUGCCAAUGAUCCGACUCAGCCUGACUGCUUGACGCAGCUGCGACUGAUUCAUUACCCUCCUUCCGAUAACGCUCAAGGUACGUGGAGAGCUGGAAGCCACACUGAUAUUGGCUGUGUCACUCUUCUAUUUCAACGCGAUGGAGAAGACGGUCUUGAGAUUUGCCCUGGGCGUGAGAGUCAUUCCAGUUUUGCCAUGGGUGAUAUGUUCACACCUUUGGCUGCAGAGACUGGUCCUAUUGUUGUCAAUAUUGGCGAUAUGCUGAUGGCGUGGUCUGAUGACCGAUUGAAAUCCAAUUUCCACCGAGUGCGCGCAAAGGACGUGGGCAAAUCGCCUUCCAGAUAUUCGAUCGCAUACUUUAACCAAGCGCGACGCGACUUUGUAUUGCAAGGUCCCAAAAAAAAGUAUGCUUAUGGCCUUACGGCCGCGGAUCUACCUCAGGAUCCCUAUUAUCCUCAAGAAACACCUGAAGGACCAAGUUUUCUAGAUACCGGUGCUUGUGUAUGCGCAUUACAAGAAACACCCAUGCAGAAUUCGAACAACGCAGUAUGGCAUUGUAUCGGAAACCAGACACAAAACGUAUACCUUACAACGGGUGGGAAAUUCUUCAACCCCGUUAAUGGCGGUACCACUAUAGACGGAAAUAUUUAUGAUGACUCCAAUGGACCGCAAACGAAUGAGACGUUCGUAUGGGAUUCAGGUUCAACCUCGCUUCAGCAGUGGGUAGGCAACGAUAGUCUGAGUCCUUACGACCUCGCUUGCACCGGUCAAAACCAAACUACGUUCUCGACGGCAUUCUAUCGAGCGAAUCAAGAAAUCGCAAAUAACGAGACUGCGGUGGAUGCUGCGCCGUGUUGGAGAGCUGGAGCGGUUUCGGUGCAGAUACAGAACAUUACAGAGUGGCAGUCGCAAGGAUGUAACGAAGGGUUUCUGUGCGCCAACAACACUGCGAACUCUCUACCACAAUAUUGCCCACCACUCGACGCUUGCCAAUCGGUGAGACUGUCAUCAGCAACCUGUACCUUUGAAGGCAAGAAUAUUGGUAUGGGUCCCUUUGAGCCAGUGAUUUGUCAGGGUGGUUACUAUUGCCCGAAAUCUGCAAACGGGAUGGAAACGAUCCGUUGCCCAAGCGGUUCAUACUGCCAACCCGGGGCCUCAACACCAACACCAUGUGUUGUCGGAAGCCACUGCCCGGAAGGCUCGGCCUAUCAAGUUUUCUUCAUUCCUCUAGCAGUCCUAAUCGUUGUGGACGUCUUUUCUGUUAUUGCCUUCCUAUUUUGGAGAUUUCGCCAGCGCAUCAGCAAGGCUAAUAGAGAGCGAAUUGGAAAAAUAAAACAAAGGGGUCUUGGUGGCAUGUCUGCCAAAAUCACUGGAUACAAAGCCCUGGGCGACGAAAAUGAUAACCACGAAGACCAGGAAAUGCUUCCUCUAGAUGCAACUUACAUGCCGCGUCGCGCUGAUACAUUCAGUGGUCUGGAGCUGGCUCUAGAUAUGAAUCAUUUGCAACACAUAAACGGUCGUUUCACCGACAACCAACUGCCGCCUCAUGUCAUGAAGUUUGUCGAGUCGAUGCGCCGAGCAACCGAUGCGACCGACUUUGGUCUGUCCUUUAGUUAUUCCGACCUGAAAUUCCACCCGAAGAAAAGUUCCAGGCCCAUUUUGCAAAACGUUACAGGUUCAAUUGAUCGUGGAACUCUGGCCGCAGUCAUGGGAGGAUCCGGUGCUGGAAAGUCAACCUUUGUCAACGUACUGAUGGGAAAGACCAACAAUACCGAUGGUAUUGUGGCUGUGAACAAUAGUCCAGGAAAACUAAGGCGCUACAAGAAAGUCAUUGGAUAUGUGCCUCAAGAUGAUAUUGUACUUCCAGAAUUGACUGUCUACGAGAACAUUGUCCACUCCGCCAGAUGCCGCCUUCCUCGAGGAUGGAAAGAUGCUGAUAUCAUAGCCCAUGCCGAAUCCGUCAUUGACUGUCUCGAAUUAUCUCACGUGCGAGAUUCACAAGUUGGUAGUGUCGCAAAGCCUAUUAUCAGUGGUGGACAGCGAAAACGUGUGAGCAUUGGAAUGGAAUUGGCAGCAGCACCAAUGGCAAUCUUUUUGGAUGAACCUACGAGUGGUCUGGAUGCAACUUCAGCAUCCUCCAUGAUGAAAACGUUGAAAGCCAUCGCCCGUCUGGGUAUUUCGGUCAUUGUUAUUAUUCACCAGCCUCGUUCUGAGAUUUUCGAUCUGUUCGACACUCUCAUUCUGCUCGGUAAUGGGCAGACCAUUUAUGAAGGCCCUCAGUCCGACGCAAAGCAUUACUUUGAAAAUGUCGGCUUCCACUUUCCAGAUUAUAGUAACCAUGGUGACAUCAUCACAGAUAUCAUCACUGGAAAUGGCAGAGACUACAAACCAAACGGCAAUAUUUCAAAGGAAGCCCUGAUCGACCACUGGUCCAGCUAUCGCCGCAAGAUGGGAGCAACGAAUACCGACCGACACACCCUAACAGCAUUGGGAAAUACUGCCAUGCGAAAAGCGAUGGAAAACCGCGGCGCGCUAAGAAUCCAACAGGUCUGGCUCUGCUUGUGCAGAGCAAUGCUUCAGCAAUAUCGCGCCAUGUCUGCUUAUUGGGCUGAAAUGGGUCUUGCCACAUUGGCCGGUUUUCUUCUUGGUCUGGCUCAGAAUCCGAAGAAGGGAAUCUUAUUCAUAGGCACAUACAAGGACUCAUACAGCAUCUUGUCGUCUGCAACAGAUAUUUCUUCAGCUCCAGAGUUGGCUCUCCUUAUUGCCAUUGCGAUUGGUCUCGUGGCUGCUGCGCCUGGUGUGAAGGCAUAUUCCGAAGAAAUGCUCUUGCAGCGACGCGAAGCUGAGGCCGGUCAUUCAAGGGUCGCCUACUUCAUAGCCAAGGUUAUCUCAUUGAUACCUCGCAUGUUCCUCGGCUGUCUACAUUUUUCAACCCCCUUGUUUCUCCUGUCGGUUCCUGUCAUCAAUUGGGGAAUUGCCUUUGCUGCAAACCUGCUUUACUUCUAUUGCAUUUAUGGCCUUGCAAGUAUCGUCAGCGCAGUCGCCCGACGGGAAGAUGCGCCCCUUUUCGCGACCAUGGUCAGUCUCAUUGUCGGUAUUCUGUCUGGUGCGGCUCCUCCUUUGAGAAAAGUCGAGUCGUGGCAUCUCGGGUGGUUGUGGCGUGGAUCUCCAGGUGUAUGGCUCGCCGAAUUGUACUUCGGCCGUUUGGUUUCGCCAUUUGCGUAUCUCUAUGAUGUUGACCUAGCCGCUCAGUUAACGGGAUACCACCUGGACUGGCUUUGGCGCAACAUGGCGAUUUUGCUUCUCAUUGGAACGAUUUAUAGAAUCGUUGCAUUCUUUGGCAUGCUCUUGACUCAUCAUUUCCGCAGAUGA